AAAAAAUUAAUAAAUUGGUAUACGAUUGGUACAGUAUAAUUUAAUGACGUGUAAUAGUUAAUUUAAACUAAUUUUAUUGUUAAAAAUGUUGGAAUUAUUUACAAUAUUUACUCGUGGAGGUGUUGUUUUGUGGUGCUUCCAAAACUCUAGUCAAAUUCUAAGGGAUUCAGUGAAUGCCCUAAUUAUGGGGGUGAUAUUGCAGGAAAGGUCUGUGAACUCCUUUGAUCAUCAAAACCUUACCAUGCAAUACAAGCUGGAUAAUGAAUUUGAUUUGAUUUUUGUUGUUGCCUAUCAAAAGAUUUUGCAGCUUUCUUAUAUAGAUAAGUUUUUAAACGACAUACACUUAGAGUUUCGUGAUAAAUACAAAAAUGAGCUUCUCAAUAAAAGCAUUUUUCAUACAUUCAAUUUCUCAAACAACUAUACUUCUAUACUUCAAACGGCAGAGCAAUGGGCCAAGAAACAAGCUAAAAUUCCUAAGCAAAUGAAAACUUUUGAAGAGUCUAAUAAAUCUAAGAAAACAGUGUCUUCAAUGAUAGAAAGGAAAGGAGAAGAUAAAACAAUUAAUAGUAAACCACAAAAGAAAAAAGGAGUAAAUUUUGCUGAAGUCCCUAAAGAGGAUAUUCUUUCUGUGAAAGAUACUAAAGCAAAUGGAUUAAUAGAUGAAAAUAUUUUGGCUGAAAAUCGUCUUAAAUUUGCUCAAAAAUUCAGUAAGAAAAAGGAGCCUAAAAAAAGCCCAAAAGCUGAGAAGGAGAAAGAGAAAGCAGGUAAAAAGCCUCGUGUAUGGGAUUUAGGGGGUUCAACUAAGGACUUGCAAACUUUAGAAAGGACUGUUGACAAGCCAGAAGAUAUGAAGAGUCAUUUCACUCCUGAAACUGAGAUUGUUGGUCAAAUGAAAGGAACAAUUAAAGAUUUAGAAGUUGAAUCAUCCAGUGAAGAGGAAGAAGAAGAACUAGAAGAUGUUACUCACCCAAAGAAAACGGAAAAGUCAAAAGGGGGCAUGUUUUCAUUAUUUAAAAGCCUUGUUGGAGCUAAAAAUCUAAAAGCUGAGGAUAUGAAAUCUGUUUUGGAUAAAAUGAAAGACCAUUUGAUUGCGAAAAAUGUAGCUGCUGAUAUUGCAUUAAAAUUAUGUGAUUCUGUUGCAUCUAAAUUAGAGGGAAAAGUGCUGGGUACCUUCGAAAGUGUUGCUGGCUUAGUCAAAACAACUUUAACUGAAUCUCUAGUACAAAUAUUGAGCCCAAAGAGGCGUAUUGACAUUCUUCGUGAUUGUAUCGAAGCUUCACGUCAGGGGCGACCUUAUGUUAUGGUUUUCUGUGGUGUAAAUGGGGUAGGAAAAUCUACGAAUUUAGCCAAAAUAUGCUUUUGGUUGAUUGAAAACAACAUGUCUGUUUUGAUAGCUGCUUGUGAUACUUUUAGAGCUGGAGCUGUGGAACAGUUAAGGACCCAUACAAAACAUCUGAAUGCUUUACAUCCGCCAGAAAGGCACGGAGGCCGACAAAUGGUGCAAUUAUAUGAAAAAGGGUAUGGUAAAGAUGCUGCAGGAAUAGCCAUGGAGGCAAUAAAAUUCGCCAAGAACAACAAACUAGAUGUUUGCCUUAUAGACACAGCAGGACGUAUGCAGGAUAACGAGCCACUUAUGCGAGCUCUUUCGAAAUUGAUUAAAGUCAAUGAACCCGAUUUGGUCUUGUUCGUUGGGGAAGCCCUGGUGGGAAAUGAAGCUGUUGAUCAAUUGGUUAAAUUCAAUCAAGCCCUUGCAGAUUAUUCUGCAAGUUCAAAUCCUCAUCAAAUUGAUGGAAUGGUUUUGACAAAAUUCGAUACAAUCGAUGAUAAGGUAGGGGCAGCUAUAUCUAUGACAUACAUUACAGGACAGCCGAUUGUUUUUGUGGGAACAGGACAGACUUAUACUGAUUUGAAAGCCUUGAAUGCUAAAGCUGUGGUCCAUUCUUUAAUGAAAUAAAAUGAUUUCAAUGUAUAGUUUUACAUGAAUUAAUGAUGUAUUUAAAAAAUGGUGUUAUUAGGUGAAGGAACAAUAGCAUAUUAUAUUAUAAAUAAAAAUUCCAUCUUUC